UCGCGAUUCGAAUCCCCCCUCUUUUAUACGCGAACGUGCGCCGGGUGAUUGACGGUGGCGGUUGUCCUGCAGGGGCUCGGGAUUGAAUCAGUUGCCGUUACCGAUUACAGUUGUAUCCGCUGAACAAUGGCGACCUCAGUGAAACUCAACACCGGUGCAGAAAUGCCGAUUAUCGGUCUGGGGACAUGGAAGUCACGUCCAGGUCAAGUAACCGAAGCUGUGAAAGCUGCCAUAGCUGCAGGCUACAGGCACAUCGAUGGAGCGAUGGUCUACGAGAAUGAGAAGGAGGUGGGAGAGGGCGUCCACGCCAUGAUCAAAGAAGGCGUGGUGAAGAGAGAAGAGCUUUUCAUGGUCAGCAAGCUCUGGUGCACCUUCCAUGACAAGUCAGCAGUAAAAGGGGCGUGUCAGAAGACCUUGAGUGACCUGCAGCUGGAUUACCUAGACCUUUACCUGAUUCACUGGCCAAUGGGCUUUCAGGCUGGGAAAGAAAUGUUCCCUCUGGACAGUGAAGGCUUAACUAUCAACGAUGACACCCAUUUCCUGGAUACCUGGGAGGGUAUGGAGGAGUUGGUGGACGCUGGGCUGGUCAAGGCCAUCGGCAUCUCCAACUUCAACCGAGAGCAGAUUGAAGCCAUCCUGAACAAGCCAGGCCUCAAGUACAAACCUGCCAACCACCAGAUUGAGUGCCACCCCUACCUGACGCAGGAGAAGCUGAUCAACUUCUGUCAGUCUAAGGGGAUCACAGUGACUGCGUACAGCCCACUGGGCUCUCCUGAUAGACCAUGGGCCAAACCAGAGGACCCUUCGUUGCUGGAGGAGCCAGACAUCAAGGCCAUUGCCCAGAAGUACAAUAAGACCACUGCUCAGGUCCUCAUACGCUUCCAAAUCCAGAGAAACGUCGUUGUGAUACCCAAGUCUGUCACUCCCUCACGCAUCCAGGACAACUUUCAAGUCUUUGACUUCAACCUGACUGAUGAUGAGAUGAAGACCAUUCUAGGCUUCAACAGGAACUUCAGGGUUUGUCCCAUGCAGUGGGGUGUGAAGCACAGAGACUAUCCAUUUAAUGCUGAGUAUUAAAAGGGAAGAGGUCUCGUUCAAGAUGCUGCCUAAAAGCUUCAACUCCAGUUCUUUCUGAUUUCUUUACAUUUUCCCCCAAUCUGUGGUUUUCGUGGAGAUCUGGCAGAGCAAAGGGCGUUUACUCUUCCGGUGGUCUGUGAUGAUAUUUCAGUGGUUUUGAUUUUGGAAGAAUAAAAGAGGUUUUUGAAAGUUC